CUAGAAACCAUGGGGGGUUUGGGAAAUUCAGACAAGGCUUCUGAAGCUUCUCUUCGAAACCCUAGAAAGAAGCGCAAACAGCGGCCUCCUAACAAGCUCCGCACCAAGCCUAAGAGCACCAAGAAGAGGAAGUCCGAUCCCACCCUUAAUACCGAUGCGCAAAAUCCCAUAAAUGGUAGUGAAAGCAGUGCAUUGGAGGCGCUUCCAUUGGAGCCCUUCUCCUUUUUUUUGGAUGAGUUCCAGACGGCUAAUGACGUUCAAGUCUCUUCGCUGGAGCUUGACUCCAUGAAAGGUAGAUGCAUGCUGGGUCCUCCACAAAGUUCAAUUCAGGAUGAAAAAACCUUGGUUAAACAUAUUAAGGAAGCUUUUGGAUCAUCGUGGAAAGAAGUUCUUUGUAAAGGGAAACUCUUGGAGGGAGAGACUGCUCCGGGCAGUCCUGCUGUUCUUAUAAUCAGCACAUCUGCAAUUAGGGCGAUUGAACUUUUAAAGGGUUUUCGGUCGCUAACUCAAGAAUGCCAUGCUGUUAAGCUUUUCUCGAAGCACAUGAAAAUUGAGGAACAGGUAGAACUGUUGAAGAACCGUGUUAACAUAGCGAGUGGUACACCAAGCAGGAUUAAAAAACUGAUUGAUAUUGAGGCCUUGGGGCUUUCAAGAUUAGCAGUUAUCGUGUUCGACAUUCAACCGGAUGUUAAGGGCUAUUCUUUAUUUUCGCUUCCACAAGUCAGGGAUGAAUUCUGGGAUUUAUACAAGAGCUACUUACACCAGCGAGUCGUCGAGGGUGGGCUGCGAAUUUGCCUCUUUGGACCUUUACAACCAUCUCGUAAGCGAAGGAAAAAAGAAGUUACCAGUCCAGGCAAAUAAGGUACCAACUAAGUCCGAGUUCUUUUUAGAGUUAGACUUGGUUGGACCAUCCCUAUUGUUAAUGUAUCCCUUGAGUUAACGAAUUCCAACAAAUUAAUUUCUCAUCAUCAUUUUUCCCCUCCAUUGCAAUAUGGCCAUUUUGGUUGGGUUGUACCAAAUUUUGCAACAUCAGCGUAGAGUCCUAUUGUUGUAGUUUUGCUUGUAGUUCCAAAAUAUAAAUGGAAAAUGGUCUUGCUUUUCUUGAACUCAGCUAUGUGAAAUAUUAGAUGGAAGCUGUUCUAUA